AAUCUAAUAUGAACAUCGUAUCGACAGCAGCCGAAUACGAAAUCCGAACUUAUACCGAUUUAUGUUCUAUCGUUCAAUGUGCUAAAAGUGCGCAUGGUUAUAUUAUGGAAUAGACGUAACUACGUUUUGUGUGAAUCAACUGAAAGCGAUAAAGGAAAAAUCGGAAAAGAGCUUCGAAAAGAAAAAGAAACCGAAAAAAGAGAUAGAAAUACAUAGACACACGUUUUGUAAAAUUUUCAGUGGUGACAAACUAAAAAACCGCAUUUUCGUUUAACCAUCGAAUUUUUCGUAUAGUUUUUUUUUUCGUUUCUUCAUCGAUAUUUUUUUUUCUUCGCUGCGAGAUAUUUUAAUGGAGGAAUCAUUUGAAACACUUAGCAAACCGGAUCCAACCGAAACUAAUAACCCAGAUAGCGGUAUGUCGUCAUUAGGAGGUAGCAAAACUGAAACACCGGAACGACUUGCUGAGCAACCUAAAAUUGAGGAUGUUAUUGAUGAAACAGCUGAAGCCAGUAACACCGCCGUUGUCAAAUCUACAAACUCUGAUGUACCCAAGGAACCAAACUAUGAUGAAGAACCGGACGAAUCGCUCAGCGAACGAUUGUGGGGUUUGACUGAAAUGUUUCCAGAUUCUGUUCGACGAACAUGCGAAAAAGUCACAGAUAUUUCAAUAAAAAGUUCAAAAGCCCUGUAUCACUUUUCAUGUAAUGCAUCGUGGAUAUUCUUCACAAGUUCGAUGAUUUUGUUUGCACCAGUUUUAUUCGAAACAGAAAGAGCUCAAAUGGCCGAAUUGGAGUUGUCACAAAAACAACGAGUUCUACUUGGUCCAGGUGCUGCAAUGCCAGGUGGAGGGGCUGGUGGUAUGCCUGCAUUGCCACCCAUGCAACGAUAAAAGUUGAACAUCCAGAGAAAUAGAAAUCAGAGAACAAAAUACAGAAACAUAAAAUAAUGGAAAAUAAUUUUCUUUAUGUAUAAAAUAACAAAAGAAAAAUGGAACAUAUAAAACAUUUCGUCUCAUAAAAAAGUUGAAGUUAAAUAGCAAAACGAAAUUAAUUGCAUUAUUAGAUCAUUAAAUCAGAAUAAAAACAUUCAAAA